CUGGGCCCCGCACGCACAGCCAAUGGCCGCCCGGGGCAAGCCCCCUUUGUAAUUCUGUGGGACGCCCAGCUCGCAGAAGUCGCAACGCUGGCGCCGGGUCCCUGGCGUCCUCAGGGACCCCGCCCCGCCCCCCCUCUAGCGCAGCCCAGCCACCGGUGGGGUUCGGCGCGCUGACGUGGGCGGAUCAAAGCGGCCGCCCGUGCCUUAUAAAGCCUUCCCGGAGGCCGGCGCCGGAGAGCGGGAGGAGCGGGCGAGCGCACGGCCUGGGAGCCCAGCGCAGCGGAGAACCCUCCGAGUGCGCGCCGGAGCGUGCGCGCGGCACUGGAGCCGGCUGCAGCUUGCCAGGCUGCCCGGCUGCCCGGCGUCCUGCUCCUACCGCCAGCCCAGCCGAGUGCGCUCGAGCCCCUGGAGAGUCGAGCUGGUGGCUCUCGGGCCGGCCGGCGGAACAAGGCGCGCAGGACGAACUCUCAGAGAAGUGAGCGGUGGUCACCGGAACGGGCAGACGCUUGAGAAGACCCGGGAGGGCUGGGAACGCCGAGGGGUCAGCGCUUCUUGCACCCCCCGCGACUCCUCGGGGCACCCAUUCCCGGGCGGUGUGCGCGCGGGACCGACUCGGGCGGCGCGGCGGCUGCAGGCUGCGAGCCCGGCGCCCGGCGCGCAACCAUGAGGGCGAGGCCGCAGGUCUGCGAGGCGCUGCUCUUCGCCCUGGCUCUCCACACCGGCGUGUGCUACGGCAUCAAGUGGCUGGCGCUGUCCAAGACGCCAGCGGCCUUGGCACUGAACCAGACGCAGCACUGUAAGCAGCUGGAGGGCCUGGUGUCGGCGCAGGUGCAACUGUGCCGCAGCAACCUGGAGCUCAUGCACACAGUGGUGCGUGCGGCCCGUGAGGUCAUGAAGGCCUGCCGCAGGGCCUUUGCUGACAUGCGCUGGAACUGCUCCUCCAUUGAGCUUGCCCCCAACUACCUGCUUGACCUGGAGAGAGGGACCCGGGAGUCGGCCUUCGUGUAUGCAUUGUCAGCGGCCGCCAUCAGCCAUGCCAUCGCCCGGGCCUGCACCUCUGGCGACCUGCCCGGCUGCUCAUGCGGCCCCGUCCCAGGUGAGCCACCCGGGCCCGGGAACCGCUGGGGAGGAUGUGCGGACAACCUCAGCUACGGGCUCCUCAUGGGGGCCAAGUUUUCCGAUGCUCCUAUGAAGGUGAAAAAAACAGGAUCCCAAGCCAAUAAACUGAUGCGUCUACACAACAGUGAAGUGGGGAGACAGGCUCUGCGUGCCUCUCUGGAAAUGAAGUGUAAGUGCCACGGGGUGUCGGGCUCCUGCUCCAUCCGCACCUGCUGGAAGGGGCUACAGGAGCUGCGGGAUGUGGCUGCUGACCUCAAGAGCCGCUACCUGUCGGCCACCAAGGUGGUACACAGACCCAUGGGCACCCGCAAGCACCUGGUGCCCAAGGACCUGGAUAUUCGCCCCGUGAAGGACUCGGAGCUUGUCUACCUGCAGAGCUCGCCUGACUUCUGCAUGAAGAACGAGAAGGUGGGCUCACACGGGACGCAAGACAGGCAGUGCAACAAAACAUCAAAUGGCAGUGACAGCUGCGAUCUCAUGUGCUGUGGGCGCGGCUACAACCCCUACACAGAUCGCGUGGUUGAGCGGUGCCACUGCAAGUACCACUGGUGUUGCUACGUGACGUGUCGCCGCUGUGAGCGCACUGUGGAGCGCUAUGUGUGCAAAUGAGGCCUGCCCAUGCCUGUGCCCACGGGAGCCCGUGCCCGCUCCUUGCACCCACGCUGGGCAGCUGGGGCCAGUCCCUCUCUGCCCCAAGGUGCCCCGCCCCAAGGAUUCUCGCGUGUGAAUUCCAGAUGCCACACGGGCGCCCGGGAAUGUGGUUCAGCCUCUCCUUGGAAGUCACCAGUGACUGGAAGCCUGGCCACGCUGGAAGGAGGGCCUGGACAUCAAAGGAUGCCGCUGGGAUUAAAAAUAACCUGGAGUGCCCACGUGCCGCCUUGCAGGCUGAUCUGAGAAGACAGGCCCAAUACCUGUGAGACGGGGACGGACUUGACCUUCCAGAACCAGGCAGAGGAUCUAGGGAAGGCAUGGGUGUGCACAGCACCCUGUCCCCCCAGCCUGCUGGGCCCACCACAUGGAACCACUAGCUUGGGUUGUACAUUUUUUUUUUCCUUUUCUUCCUCUGGGAUGUGGGAGCUACGGAAAUAUUUAUAAAUCGUUGCUUUUUCUUUGGGGUGGCUUGGCCUCAAUUCCUCUUUAUAUAUUUUAUAUGUGUAUAUAAAUAUAUAAAUAUA